CAAAAAAAAGAAAAGUAAAUAAAUUUAAAAUGGACUAGUGGAGAGUAUUAAAUUUUGGAUACCCCGCGACGAUCGAGUCUGAGAAUCAGGCAUCUUUGUCCUCUCACAAGAGCUUGGCGCUUGCUUCAUCCGCUGCAGGACGCAUAAGCUAAGCGAGCGCUGAAGGAUAUGGCUAGUAAGUUACAAGUUCAAGGAGAUGAGUCGGUUCUUUUACGUGUCACUCACUCCAACAUCAAGAGUUUUGCUUCUGAUGUUCGGUUCUCUCUGCAGAUGACAGUAGAAGCUGUAAAAGAUAAGCUAUGGAAAAAGUGUGGCACUUCUGUUGAGUCAAUGUGCCUCGAGCUUUAUGAUGAUACGGGUGCUAAAGUUUCAGAUCUAGCUGAUAACACAAGACCCUUUGGUUUCUAUUCUCCACAAGAUGGUUUCCGGCUUCACGUUGUUGAUCUCGAUCCUUCAUCAGUAACAUCGGGUGGUUGGCUGGAAGAUACUUCCCUUGUGGAGAAAUACAAAAUUUCCGAUGAGGCAUAUAACAAACUUGAUGGUACUUAUAAAAAGUUCAAGGAAAAAAUGGGACCUCAACAUUCAAAUCUGGAGUCUAGAAUUCCGGACAACUACAUGGAGGAUCUCUGUGCAAACAUAAAGGUGGGAGAUAGAUGCCAAGUUGAGCCAGGGGAGAAACGAGGCACUGUCAAAUUCGUGGGUCAGGCAGAAACGCUUCCACCUGGUUUUUGGGUUGGAAUCCAGUAUGAUGAACCUCUGGGAAAAAAUGAUGGCAUGGUAAAAGGAAAGCGUUAUUUUCAAUGCCCUCCUCUUUGUGGUGCAAUGGUCAGACCAGAUAAAGUAAAGGUUGGGGACUACCCAGAACGAGAUCCUUUCGAAGAAGAUGAAAUCUAAGUUGAGGCAACUCAUAUCAAAGGUACGCCAAACUUUCUCGCAAUGUUUGAAUUCAUUUAUAGUGUUGUAGGAAUCUUUUUUCGGUUUUGAGUGAUGAGAUGGUAAAUUGUAUUGGAAAUGAAUUGAAUUCUAAACUUAGUUAUUGGUACGGCGUUGAGCCAAUACAGCUUUUCUUCUGGCGAUGUGUUUGAAUUGUAUUGUUAGUAAGAACCUGAUUAUGGGGAGGUGUUACUGAAGAUGAACAUGGUAUAAAAAAAUAGGAAUGAUAAAAUA